AUGCUCGCAUAUCGUCAAUACAAACUACAACGAGGUAAGAGACAUCGAUCCAAUUAUCGAUUGCUCGAAUUCCAUCUCACAAACGACGACGACGAUGGAGAGCGACGGCAAAUCGUCGUGGGAACGCCAUCGUCGCUCGUUCGCGAGAUUCCGGUUUCCACUCAUGAUAAAUCGGCUGAUUGGCAGCUAGAUGCACUACUGGAGGAGCUGUCGGCGCUUGAAACUCAACUGAACUCGUCGAGCGGAGGCGAUCAGCUCCUCCUCGGCAUUCCCUCACUACCGUCCGGCUCGUCCAGUGGAACUGCUCAUCCGGAAAAGAAAACCUGUGCCGUUCCUGCGCAACAACGCAAAGUCGAAAGUAAAGAAGAUGUUGGAGUUACGGCGCGCAGUCAACAAGCCAAUUUCCUCAUUAGCAUAGUGAUCGAUUCGCGUCUCAAACCGGGUCCAUCUAAGCUCGAUAAGAUCGGCGAACAGGUUUAA